UUUUUGUGAUUUUGUGGGGCGCAUUGAAACUACAGUUUGUUGUUUACAGAAGAGCGUGAAGCCGUUGCUGGGGGUCACACUUUGGCCUACACCUGCCAUCCUCAUGCACAUUCAGUACUAGGAAGAAGACAAAGCACAAGCGGGAAUGACGCUGAAUGCGUCCAGAUCUUGGCACGGGUCCCUCAUGGCCAACUCCUCAUGCGGCCACAAUAUGACAGAGUGGGAGGAGCUUAUGGACAAAAUGUACACAUACUUCUACCUGCUGCUCUUCAUACCAGGACUGCUGCUCAAUACCAUUGCUUUGUGGUUCUUCUGCAGACAGAAUAGGAAGAAGAUCAAGACGGUGAUCUUCAUGGUAAACUUGGCCUUGGCCGACCUGGUCCACAUCCUCUCUCUGCCACUCAGAAUCUAUUAUUACUUGACGCAUACGUGGCCCUUUGGACACAUCGUCUGCUUGCUCUGCUUCUACUUGAAGUACCUCAACAUGUACGCGGCUAUUGGGUUUUUGACGUGCAUCAGUGUGCAGAGGUGUGUGUUCCUGCUCGACCCCUUCUCCACACGAAGGUGGAGAAGCCGCUAUGACCUUGCCAUCAGCGUGCUGGUGUGGGUGCUGGUCGGUCUGGCCUGCUCACCUUUCAUCGUCAUGCGAGCCAGCAGCAGCGCCUCGAACACCUCCAUAACUUCUCAGCUUGUCUUAAACAAGUCCGCUUUUCUGCACGUCACCCAGGAGCCAGCCCGCUGUUUCAAAGACUUGCCCAUGCGUCAGGUGCCCCUCCCCCUGGGUGUCACCUUGAUGGUGUUCUGCGAGCUGUUUGGUUUCUUAAUUCCGUUGGUCUGCAUUAGUUACAGCUCUGUCUGCAUCAGCCGCUCCCUCUACCAGAACUACUCGCAGGCUUCAGGCAACUCCUCCUUACGUCGCAUCUCCUCGUUCACCUCGGCUGAUAUCAACCAAACUAACGGGGAGAAGCGGCAUGCCCUGCGGAUGGUGCUGAGCUGCUCCAUUGUGUUCCUGUUGUGCUUUGCCCCGUACCACAUCAACUUCCUGCUUUAUCUAAUGGUACAGCAAGGUCUUGUAUCACAUUGUGCCUUCAGGCUGGCCGUACGCCAGUUCCACCCAGUUUCUCUGUGUCUGGCCAGUCUAAGCUGCUGCCUCAACCCUCUGCUCUACUACUUCCUCACCGCAGAAUUCAAGUUGCACCUUAGCAGGCGCACCUUGUCUUCGACCAGCUCCCACGCUCCGCUGACGCGCAGACUGACGAAUUGUGAUGGUAGCUCUCCACACAGAGGCUAGAGUGGUCUUCAACCUGUCAAUCAUCAUUUGAAAGUAGAACGCCAAAUAGUGAGGAGGCUAAACAGGGCUGGGUGAAACGGCAACAAAAAUAAUCAUGAUUCAUUUUAUCUAGGGAUGUCCGAUAAUGGCUUUUUGCCGAUAUCCGAUAUUCCGAUAUUGUCCAACUCUUUAAUUACCGAUACCGAUAUCAGCCGAUAUAUACAGUCGUGGAAUUAACACAUUAUUAUGCCUAAUUUGGACAACCAGGUAUGGUGAAGAUAAGGUACUUUUUUUUAAAAAAUUAAUAAAAUAAGAUAAAUAAAUUAAAAACAUUUUCUUGAAUAAAAAAGAAAGUAAAACAAUAUAAAAACAGUUACAUAAAAACUAGUAAUGAAUGAAAAUUAGUAAAAUUAACUGUUAAAGGUUAGUACUAUUAGUGGACCAGCAGCACGCACAAUCAUGUGUGCUUACGGACUGUAUCCCUUGCAGACUGUAUUGAUAUAUAUUGAUAUAUAAUGUAGGAACCAGAAUAUUAAUAACAGAAAGAAACAACCCUUUUGUGUGAAUGAGUGUUGGUGCACUAAUUGUAAGUGUAUCUUGUGUUUUUUAUGUUGAUUUGAUAAUUAAAAAAAGAAAAAAAAGAAAGAAAAAAAAACGAUACCGAUAAUAAAUUAAAAAAACCAUACCGAUAAUUUCCGAUAUUACAUUUUAACGCACUCAUCUCUAAUUUUAUCCUAUCCUUGGAUCUCAAUAUCACAAUUUGUUUUUAACAUGCCAGUUUUAAAGCAUCGGUACUAAAAAAAAAACUAAAGAAACUAGAGAAUAGUUAAAAAAAAAUCAACAUAGAGUGCAACCUCAAUUUAUGAACCCCUCAUUGUAUGAGACGUUCGAUUUACGAACCACAAACAGAAAUAAAAUAAACUUAGUUGUACGAACCUCAUCUCCGCGUAUGAACAAUCAAUUGUGAGCGAGCCGAUCGAUCUCCGAAAGUAUAAACCAUUAUUUAUGAUUCUUUGUAUGGUCCAGGAUCACUCUUUUUAGUAAUGUUGAGUUGGCUUGGAAAUAUUUUCAUGAUGCAUUUAUCCUUUUUACAAACAAACUUGCUCCUCUACGUGAAUUCAGAGUGAAGGUAGAAAUAAUCCUUGGUUCUCUCCUGAACUGUCCAGUCUACUAAAAAAGUGAUUCUGCCUGGCCCAAGACCAGAAAUAACCAAUGCCAGGCUGACUGGAUGGUUUUUGGCAGUUCAGAAAUUGCCUUACUUCUCUUGUCAAGAAGUCAAAGUCUGAGUUAUCUUGCGCAAACCACGAAAAGAUCCCAAGAAAUUCUGGAAAGUUACAAAAACGUCUUAUGGAAGUGAAACCACAAAUGAUCUGCCAACUUCCAUCCAUCCAUCCAUCCAUCUUCUUCCGCUUAUCCGAGGUCGGGUCGCGGGGGAAGCAGCCUAAGCAGGGAAGCCCAGACUUCCCUGUCCCCAGCCACUUCAUCCAGCUCUUCCUGUGGGACCCCGAGGCGUUCCCAGGCCAGCCGGGAGAGAUAGUCUUCCCAGCGUGUCCUGGGUCUUCC